GGGCCUCAUAAUCCUUAACUUGCGAUCAAUGGCGAUUCCAUUUUCAUUUUCAAUCAGUUCCAAAUUCAAACACCUCACAAAUCACACUCCCCCAGCCUCAGAUUACACAUUUGCCUCGCUUCAACAAAUCUGCAAAUGGAAAAAGCAAUGGAGAAAACUGAGGAGCAGCCGAUGUCGAAGAACGCCAAGAAGAAGCUACUGAAGCAGGAGAAGUACGAAGCGAAGAAAGCUGAGAAGAAGGCAUACGCGAAAGAGCAGAAGAAGAUGGAGGUCGAGCGGAAGAGAAAGGAAUGGGAGGAGAAAUUGGCUUCAUUGGGUGAAGAGGAAAAGGAGAAGAUGAUUGAAGCAAGGAGAGAGCUGCGGAAGGAGCGGAUGGAGAAACGAUCCGAAGAAAGGCAUAUGAAGGUGGAGAAACUUAUGGAGGCGAAAAGUAGUGGGCAGAAGGUUGUCAUUGAUCUUGAAUUUGCACAUCUGAUGAGCUCUUCUGAGCUUAAUAGCCUUGUUCAACAGAUUAUGUAUUGCUAUGCUGUAAAUAGAAGAUGUUCAUCUCCAGCCCAUCUUUGGUUGACCAGCUGCAUUGGAGAAAUGCAAAACCUUCUUGAACGGCUCCCUGGGUAUGAUAAAUGGGUAAUUGAGAAGGAAAACAGGCCAUACAUUGAAGUAUUUGAUUACAAAAAAGAAAACCUGGUAUACCUCACGGCUGAUUCUGAAAACGUGCUGAAUGAAAUGGAUCCGAAGGCAAUAUAUAUCAUUGGUGGUUUGGUGGAUAGGAACAGGUGGAAAGGAAUAACUAUGAAGAAAGCAGUAGAGCAAGGAAUUCAAACUGCAAAACUCCCCAUAGGAGACUAUCUUAAGAUGUCUAGUUCUCAGGUCCUUACUGUGAAUCAAGUGCUAGAGAUAAUACUCAAGUUCUUGGAAGCAAAAGAUUGGAAGGACUCAUUCUUCCAAGUCAUUCCUCAAAGAAAAAGAUGUGAAUACAGCCAGGAAGGCUGUGAUGGAGAGGUGCAAGAGAAUGUGGAAGCUGGAGAGAAAGAAAUCAAAAAACGAAUUGAACUAUUGGAUGGAGAAAACUUGGAUGAUAAAGAUGGUUUAGAUGUAAAAAGGCAAUGCAUUGAGAACUCUUUAUGAAACAAUAGUUUUUGCUCAUUAAUUUCUUUUCAACAAACAAGGACGUUUUCUCUUCACCUAAGAAAUGUGAACUGAUCUGAUUUUUCGAGAUAUGGUCCAGCCUAGUUUAAAUCUUUUUGUUCCAAUAUGCUAGCUAUAAUUA